AUGUCUAUAGUCUCCCUUUUGGGUAUAAAAGUGCUGAAUAAUCCAGCAAAGUUUACAGAUCCAUACGAAUUUGAAAUAACCUUCGAAUGUUUAGAAUCGUUGAAAAAUGACUUAGAGUGGAAAUUAACGUACGUUGGUUCAUCAAGAUCUAAUGAACACGAUCAAGAAUUAGAUUCAAUCUUAGUCGGGCCAGUUCCCGUAGGUGUUAAUAAGUUUGUCUUCUCAGCUGAUCCUCCUUCAGCUGAAUUAAUUCCUGCUUCAGAAUUAGUUAGUGUAACUGUUAUAUUACUAAGCUGUUCCUAUGACGGUAGAGAAUUCGUAAGAGUAGGAUACUAUGUUAAUAAUGAAUAUGAUAGUGAGGAAUUGAGAGAAAAUCCGCCUGCAAAAGUAGAAGUCGAUCAUAUCGUUAGAAAUAUACUAGCGGAGAAACCAAGAGUGACGAGAUUCAACAUUGUAUGGGAUAAUGAAAAUGAGGCUGAUUUAUAUCCACCCGAGCAGCCAGAUGUAGACGAAGAAGAGGAGGAGGAAGAAGAGGAGGAAGAGGAUGAGGAGCAGGAUGAAGAGCAGGACGGCGAUGGUGAUGACGAUGAAGCAGAAGAUCAAGAAGACGAGGAAGAAGAUGAUCAAGGGGGAGAAGAUGAUGACGAUGCCAAUGAAAUAGAUCUUGAGGAUGCCACCGAUGGCGAAGAUAUAGAAGAAAGUGAGGAGGAGGAAGAAGAAGAGGAAGCAGUUGGAGAUGUUGAUGUAGAUUCCAAUGCUAUCAAGAGAAGAAAAUUGGAUAAAGAAGAAGCACAUAAUGAUGAUCUACCACCAACUCCUCAAGACACUACGUCUCCUAUCAAAAAAAUAUAA